GCCGUUUGUGUGCCUCUUCCCUACAGUGCUCUUCCUGGGCCACCCCCUUGCUCGGAGUGGCACGUUUGGGGGUAGUCUAUUCACCGUACUGUGUAUGCCAGAUCAGUUACCCCAGAAAGGGUCAACUGGGUGACAAGGUUCCCCAUAAUGUUUCUGUAUUUACUCAUUGCUUCUUUUGCCCCUUUGGUCCAUCUGGCUUGACCAGGUCGAUAUAGCUGGGCCACAUCCGCCUCCGAUUCUUCUGAUAUACUACACCUCUCCGCGAUGCCAUUCCAAAAUCGCCCGUGUUUAGACAGCCGGGCUGACACUUCUCAACCUGACGGAGUCCAACGCCGUUUCUUGCACCCGCAGAAGAACUCCAUGUCCAACUUCUCAUAUCCUCGCACUAAGCCUGUCCACUCCCACCAGCAAGACCGACCAGGUGACCGGGCGUCCGUUGGAUCUGACUGCUCUGCUCCAGCGAUGGUGGAGGAUCACGGUUCAGACUUUUCGACUGAAGACGACUGCCAGGACGAUAGGACAGGGACGGACUUGUGGGAGUCAUUUUGGCGUGUACAAGAAUCCUGUGCAAAAGGGGCGGAUAAUCAAGCAGCCAUUGACACGACUGUGGAGAGCGGGCACGACAGUGACACAGCCAUGGUUCAAGAAGCCCUGCUCACGACACGCGACCGAACCCCGGGGACAGAGACUCAAGGAUGCUCCUUGUCUCAGCCGGUAAAUCAGCUGCGUCCACGACAGCAACGGCCUCGAACUCCAAAAUCCAAACCAAGAGCCUCUUACUCGCUCUUCCCGUCCUCCAGCACUGACAAGCGACGUCCGACGCCGUUGCGCCUUUCACCGGGGGUACAGCAACGGGCUUCAGGACCCUCCCAAUCAAGCGCUCGGAACGUCUCCAAGGAUGCGAAGGGCGACCUAGCCUGCGGUGAUGCUAUGCUGGCUUCUAAGCCGACCUCUCCAACAGUGGCCGCUCGCUCUUCUUCCCCCGAGAUCUUUGUCGCAGCAGGCUCAUUUGACCCAGUCCCCGUACUCCCCCGGACUCCUCCAAUCUCGCCUCAGCCGUCGCCCCCAGUUUCUAUUCGCGACAAAUCAUCUCCUUCUGAGGCUACAAGCCCUCAACGGCUAAGAACAGGGCUUCGCUCACCAUCGCUCAACAACCUGCGCCAUCGCUACCUGUCUAGAGUCCCAACUCGCUCCUCGCCGGCACUUGCACGCCUAGCCAAGCGAGAAAGCCAAUCGAAGCUGUCAGUUGGAGAGCCCCAAGUUCAGACAAGAAUCACACCGGAUCUUUACGCCCGGCCCCUGCCACCCCUGCCCGCUGCGGAGCGGCCCCCAUCUCCGCCACACAUUUCCGUUUUCGAAACUGAUUCGGACGACGAAGAGGAUGGCAGUGACACCAAGAGGUUCGCCCGUCGUCUCAUGCAAGGAUUGGUCCAUCACCACCAUCAUGAUGUUGAUCGCGAUCAUCGACGGAGGAACAAAUCACCCUUUUCCGACCAUAAGCGCAGUGUGAGCGACGAAGGGCCCGUCUCGUCGAAAGAGCGGGGUGGUAGCGGCAGCAGAAUGGGCCUCAACCGCGCCGUCCACGCCGCGCGGCACAGACGUUCUGGAAUUGUCAGCAUGGACUUGCCGAGGGAAGAAGCCCAACAAUACCACUUUGAGCCCGAAUUGCCAGAGGGCCGAUCGCGGGGCUGGAGCAGGAUUUUUUCUCGGCGAAGGGGAUGAUUGUCCCCGUCACCCUGCUGAGCCAGUUGCCAUGAUGGGACAUCGGCUCGCUCACUCAAAUCCCUUUUGCUCUCAAUGACAACUGUUUGCUUUAGAGGAAGGUUGAAUGAUCAUUCUUCAUAGCUCUUCUAUUCUUGCAUGGCCCGGGAAUUAGCUACUGACCUGUGCAUU